AAUUCAACGAAACCUGUAUCAAUUGAUGAAGCUGAUAUGGCUCCUGAAACUGGAGUUAUUUAUGCUUCUGCAUCAGCUGGUAUUCUUCCUGAGACAGGAAAAACAUUUGGUGAGAACUACGAUAUGGAGAAACAAGUUGGCCUUUUCAAAGACACUAUCGAAAAUAGCUUGCGACCUAGAUUGCAAUCUGCACAUAGACUCACAAAAUACUUGUCGGAUUCAAUAUUUUUGAUUAAUAUAGGUAGCAGCGACUACAUGUACAAUUAUCUCCAGUCCGACAAGUAUAACAGUAGUCGACAACAUAAUGGUGAAGAGUUUGCUGCACUUCUCACAACCAAGCUCGGAAACCAAUUGGAGGUAAUCAUAAAAUCCCGGUGUUUAGAUUGUUCCUGUCGCCGCCUUAACCUUGAGAACUAAUCAUUGCAUUCUAACAUUUCAAAAGUAUUUCUUUACUUUCUAUUAAGUGGUUGGGUGUAUACACACAUGCAAGUUGCAACCAUGGUGGUAGAUUUUACUGUCUUCCGUUGAUGUUCUCCUCAAUGCAAAGCAAAAAUGGUUUUUCCUUUCCCACUCUGUUGUUUCAAUUUUUUGUGAUCUUGUAGGA